AUGGCGCCCAGCUCAACCCAAAAUCCAAAGAAAAACCACAAUCCCAAAGCCCGUAAAUCUGCCACGGCAGGCCCGUCGACCUUGAAAGCCAAAACCGCUAAUCGACCCCCAGCCAAACAAGUCAAGACCAAACCGGGCACACAUCUUCUGACUUCAACGAAUUCCAAGCUCUCAAAACGGCGACAAAAGGUCUACACGGACAAAGAACUCAACUUACCAGCACUGAACAUGAUCACCCCGGUUGGCGUGCAGAAGGCGCCUCGUGGCAAGAAAAAGGGCAAGAUCUUCGUCGACGACCAAGAGAGUAUGAUGACGAUCCUGGCCAUGGUCAAUGCCGAGAAAGAGGGUCAGAUUGAGAGUAAAAUGAUCAAGGCAAGGCAGAUGGAGGAGAUCCGCGAGGCGAGAAGAAGGGAAGGAGAGAGGAAGAAGGAAAGCAAGAGGGAGGCACUGGAGAAAGUGAAGAGAGAUUUGAAGAAGGGGAAAAAGAAGGAUAGCAAUGAUGAAGAAGAGAUGGGAGAUGGUAUUGAGUUGAGGAACGGAGACGCGGAAAGCAAGAAGUCCAAGAUGAAGACGAAGACCACGAAGCGAGUGUCGUUUGCGUGA